AUGUUUUCUGGUCUCGAAGAUCCUCAGUGGGUGAUACCAACGACAAGCGAAGCGUACAAAGAUGUUAAGGUAUACCUACAAUCACAGACAAAAUUAGUUGGGAAGGUUGUACAACUUAACAGUAGUCCGUUUUAAUCCUGAAAAAACAGAGUUUUCUCUUUUGCUAAAUAUCCCCCGUCCCCCCUAUUCAAUGUUGGGAUAUAACAGAACAAUUGCGCGCACAAACAUUAACGUUUUGAUCAACAUUGGGCCAGGGGUGGGGGGAGGAAGAAAAAGAAGAGGUAAAAAAGGCAACCUUCCCAACACUUUUGACGAUGAUUGUAGAUCAAGCGAUACAGAAGGGCCUUACAUUCUCUUCCGGAGAUAUGCCUGCAAAGCUUGGCUACAGGGGCUUUCUAGUAAAAGAAGGGACUGGUCCCGAGCGGUUAAUUGUUGGUCCCAACACGAUACCCUUACAACUUCGUUUGCUAGAUACCGCACCCACCACGAUUUUGCUCGAAGGUGACCGCCAGGAUAUUGCGGAAGAGAUUUCCUCGGGUGCUGUCAUAGCUGAAAUCAGUGGUCGGAAGGCCAGACGCUGGGCACCUCCUUACGAGCCCUCGCAGUGGCAGACGGAACGAAGAAGGUUGUGCAACAACUGUUACAAUUAUGCAACUAUGAGAGCGACGGAUAACUUCGCGCAGCCUGGCCGUGGAAGUGGACAACCUUUCCACCCACGUUUUUUUAGAGGUCAAGACGUCAAAGAAGCUGCACAACGUGAUGGCUUGGAGGUAUAUGAUCCCCCGCUGGGAAGUGGCGAAGUUCGCAGAUUCCCCCUGGAAGGAAAACAUCUUGUCGCCCUUGUAGUUCGAGAUGGUUAGUAAAUCUUGAUGUUUUUUUUUAAUAGUAGAGAGUUUUAGAUCCGAGUUUACCGCGAACCUCUAACCGCUGGAGGUCACGUGACAAGUCUUUCGCGUCACGUUUGAGGUUUACGAUGUGCGUUUUCAACGUGGGGAGAUAGAUUUUCACGUAUGUCAUUUACCUGAAAGAUUUUAGAGUAUAAAUCUUGUUUUAUCCCACGUAAUGAUGCAAAAAUCUUGUGGAGCAAGUCUUUAUCCAUUAACAAAGGCACAAAUACGGGCGAAAUGCUAAAUUUGAUAAAUCCUAUUGGAUCUUGAAAACAAGCGCCAUUCAUGGCUGCUGGUUCAAAAUGGCGGCCGUAAAAUUACAAGAAGAACUAAUGUAAGAAUUUACAGCUCUUUGCUGCUAGAUAACCCGGUGUUACGGUAAAUUUCUUUUAUUUUCACUGAUUGAUUUUUCUUCUAUUUCUAAGUGGAAAAAUAAACCAGAAUCCACUUCUUUAAUCCACCACCAAUCUAAAUCGAAUUAUUUUUGAACGUUGAACCGCAAACGGGUAACGGCGAACCGCGGUUAGAGGUUCGCGGUAAACUCGGAUCUAAAACUCUCUAGUGGAAAGUUGGAUGUUCGAACCGCUAUGUGUUCUAAUUAAGGGACAAAAAAGGGAAUAACCAUAAAGUAUUACAGCCUUUCAUUAAAACAAGUCUGAAGUCACAUGAAUAACUAUUAAUAACGACUAUAACUAUAACUUAACCUUAAAUUCAGCCUCAAAAAAAAGUAUGUGUAAGAACAGCCUACCAUCAUGAAACAACUUCAUCUUCAAGGUAUAAUGUUCAUGCAUGGUUCUGGCAAUAGGACACACUUGUACCUCUGCGUGUCGACAAGUUAGCCUUGAAAAGCUAGAGCUAAUUCGUUAAGAUAACUAGGGUUCAUUCUUAAUACCCAGGCAAAACGAAUUGGAAUUAAAUUUAAAAUUUACAUUAAAUUAAAUUUAGUUCAUAAACUCAUUAAUAUUUCGGGUAGGCAUAUUGUCAAAUUUAACUUGGUAAUAUUUAUCACGUGUAAGGAUCCUUCACCCGUAAUAUGUGGAGGUUAAAGAAGUUAUUUUGUUGAAAUAAAAGUAAAAUUUUGAUUUAAAUAACACUGCCUGGCUUAAUUACGAACACCCCUUUAAUACACUUAAUAAGGGGUUUGACGUUACAAUCGGCUAAGAAAUCAAAUUACAGAACGUUUUGAUGCUCUAGUGCACAAGCUAAAUGAUAACAUCAACAAUAAAAUGAUUCUAUGUUGUUGCUACUAACUGCUAUGCUAUUUGUGUAUCCGCCCUUUUAGACACCUACAAACGCAGG